AUGAACGGCACCCAAGGUCUCAUCUUCGUCGUCGACUCGUGCGAUCAAGCCCGUAUGCGCGAAGCCAGAGACGAACUCCACCGCAUCAUCAACGAUCGCGAAAUGAAGGACUCUCUCCUCCUCGUCUUUGCCAACAAGCAGGAUCUUAAAGAGGCCAUGAAACCCCAAGAAGUCACUGACGCUCUCGAACUCUCCAAGCUCAAGGACAAGGUCUGGUACGUGGUUCCCAGCUGUGCCACCACCGGAGAAGGCCUCGUCGAGGGACUCUCCUGGCUCUCCAACAAUGUCAAGGCUCCUGUCCCUCCUGUCAAGAAAUAA